AUGCUGCUGGUGCCACAGUUGCUGCUGGCCCUUUUGGGUGGAGGGUUCUCGGAGGAGUAUCCAGGCUACGUGCUGCAGAUACCAGAGUCAGUGACAGUUCAGAAAGGCUUGUGUGUCUAUGUGCCCUGCACUUUCUCCUACCCGACGGAUGGAUGGAAUCACUCAGACCCCCUCUAUAUCUUCUGGUUCCUGAAAGGGGCCAAUGUACACUCUGAUCCUCCUGUGGUUACAAACCAACCCGGCCGGAAGCUGCAAGAGAGGACCGAGGGCCGAUUUCUUCUCCUCGGGAACCCCCUGACCAACAACUGCUCCCUGAGAAUCAGAGACACCAGGGAGAAGGAUGGCAUGUCAUACUUCUUUCGUUUGGAGAGGGGGCCUGUUGUGAGAUUCAGUUUCACGUAUAAGACACUGUCUCUUAAUGUGAAAGCUCUCACCCAGACACCCGACAUCCAAGUCCCAGCAACUCUGGAGACUGGCCACCCUGGGAGCUUGACCUGCUCCAUGCCAGCCGCCUGUCAGUGGAGGAAGUCCCUCAUCUUCUCCUGGAAAUGGGGCUCCCUCAUCUCCCUUGGUCUUCACGACUCAGAAGUCACCAUCCUCCCACAGCCCAAGGACCACGGCACCAAUAUCACCUGCCAAGUGACCUUUCUGAGAUCUGGUGUGACCACAAAGACAAUGGUCCAGCUCAACAUCUCCUAUGCUCCACAGAACCUGACCAUCUAUGUUUCUCACGGAAACAACACAGCACCUACAGCCCUGGAGAACGGCUCCUCCCUGUCAGUCCCACUGGACCAUUCUCUGCGUCUGGUCUGUGUGACUGACAGCAACCCUCCUUCGAAGCUGAGCUGGAUCCAGGAGGGAAAAGCCCUAAGUCCCUCUCUGUCCUCCAAGCCUGGGGUCCUGGAGCUGCCCCGGCUGGGGGCCGGAGAUGGAGGGACAUUAGUCUGCCGAGCUCAGCACCCUUUGGGCCUUCUUCAUGUCUUCAUUAAGCUGGCUGUGCAGAGUGAGUUGCCUGGGAGGAGGGAGGGGCCAGGGCAGCUGGAUGCGGCCGGUGUGGCUGUGAGUGGGGACAAAGUCUGA